AUGAACCAAAAUUUAAACCAGAGUAUGAACCAGAAUUUAAACCAAACUCUCUGCUGUCGAAUAGGAUUAAUCCCAAGUUUUUCAGAAUAUGAAAAUACAAAUAAUGUAGCAUUAUCAAAUUACGGAGUCUCUAAUGGGCUCAAAUGA